AUGGACAGCAACGGCAUAACCUCUGUUCUAAAUUUCCGUGACGUCGGCUCCACUGUGAACAGCUUUCAAGGACGGAGACUUGAUAAUCAUCAAGAUGAUGCCUCUCUAGAUGACAGGAAACGCCUUCGAGAGGAGCUGGGCAUCAAGGCGGUAAUAGACUUGCGCACAAAGCCAACGACUGACGCCAUCCCAAGAACGGAACACGCUCAACAGGCAAGAAAGCGCAAGACCGAUCUCCAAAUCCCCGCACUGCUGCAAUCCAACGCUGCACUAGCCGAGCCGGUCCAGAUCCCGGGUCUCAAGUAUCACGAUAUCAGAAUCACUGGCGGGAGAUUCGAGUGGUUCUUGGUGCGGCAGCUGUCAUGGUGGGGUUUGUGUCGCCUCGUCGUUCUCUUCCUCCUAGGUUAUCGCAACGAAGGCAUCUCUGUCCUCGCGAGCGAGGUCAUGGUGCCACGUGGCCUGGUACGCUUGGGCCUCGAUACCCUCGAUCAAUCUGGCGAAGAGAUUGCCAAGGCUCUCAGAGUCUUUCUCAACCCGUUGACAACGCCUACUCUGGUCCACUGCACACAGGGCAAGGACAGGACGGGGAUGAUCAUUACCCUCGUGCUGUUAGCCCUCGACGUGCCGCUCGAGGCGAUCGAGCAUGACUACAUGCUGACAAGUGGCGCGCUCGAGUCCGAAAGGGAAGUAAGGCUGGCCGAGAUUAGAGAGAUUGGCCUCACGGACGACUGGUUUGAGCCGGCGCCUGACAUGAUCGUACGAACCGCUCGACAUCUCGACGAGGUCUACGGGGGAAUCGUUGGGUAUUUGGACAAAAUCAGGUUCGACCAGAAUGAUCGACAGAAGCUCAAGGAGCUGCUGCUGUACUGA